AGCGUGACAUUAAGUAGAAGAAGAAUUUAACCUAUUGUUUAGGUUAUUUUAUUUUAUAGUAAUUUAAUAUUUAUAUUAUAUUGUUUUUUAAAAAUGACAAAGAUUUCGGAACGUCCCAAUGUGUUAAAUUAUGGAAAUAAGAUUAUUUUAGCUCCUAUGGUAAGAGUGGGAACUUUGCCUAUGCGGUUAUUAGCUCUAAAGUAUGGUGCUGAUAUUGUUUACACAGAAGAACUGAUUGAUUGGAAGUUUUUGAAGUCAAUUCGAAGACAAAAUGAUGUAUUAGGGACAAUUGAUUACCUGGAUCCAAGUGAUGGGACUAUUGUAUUCCGAACUUGCCCUGAAGAGAAGGAUAGAGUGGUGGUCCAGCUGGGGACGAGUGAUGCAGAGAGAGCUUUAAAAGUAGCCAAGAUGAUAGAAAACGAUGUAGCAGGUAUAGAUAUCAACAUGGGCUGUCCGAAAGAAUUCUCUCUAAAAGGUGGAAUGGGUGCUGCAUUAAUGGCCCAACCAGAAAAGGCCAGACAUAUUCUUUCAACGCUUGUUCAAAACAUAAGCAUUCCUAUAAGUUGUAAAAUAAGAGUUUUUGAGAAUAUGGAUGAUACGUUAAAGUUGGUGAAAGAUUUAGCUGCGACUGGCAUAUCUGCCAUAGCAGUUCAUGGACGAACAAAAGUUGAAAGGCCUCAGCAUCCUAACAGAAACAAGACAAUAAAGAAAAUUGCUGAGGUUUUGGAUAUACCUGUGAUAGCAAAUGGAGGUUCUAGAGAGAUAGAAAACUACAACGAUAUACUCAAAUUUAGAGAAGACUGUGGUACCAGCAGUGUUAUGGUAGCAAGAACAGCACAAUACAACUGUUCCAUAUUUAGAAAAGACGGUUUGAUAGCAAUGGAUGAGGUAAUAGUUAAGUAUUUAAAGAACUGCAUCGAUUACGACAAUUCUCCCAGUAAUACAAAAUAUUGUGUCCAAAAUAUGUUAAGGGAAUUACAGGAGACGCCAAGAGGGAAGAAAUUUUUGGAGUGUCAAACAUUAGAACAAAUUUGUAAUAUUUGGAAUUUGGGUGAUUAUUGCCGACAAAAAUAUCUAGAUUACCAAUCUCAAGGCAUUUUCGGACGUAGAGAAAUCGCCCCAGAUACCUUGGAUCCACAACGAAAGAAACGAAAGACAGAGUUAGAUGACGAAAAUGUAGACGUUUGUUUAAAUUGUGCAUUUAUUAGAGUAAACUAUACAGAAGAUCCACAGUUGCCCAAAUCUAAAUUGAUAGCCUAUUGCGGGAAGAACAAAUUUUCUAAUCCUAAGUACAAGGUGUACAAUGAGGACAAGUUAUUUAGAGCUGUUGUAUCUUUAAAUGAAAAGAAAUACAGCUCAUCAUAUUGGGAAAAAAAUAAAAAGUUUGCCGAACAAGGAGCUGCGCUUGUAGCAUGUGUAGCAUUAGAAUUAAUCGAUAAAGAUCAGUUAAUAAAAGAUGGAAGUAUUUUGGAAUAAACAA